UCAUUACCACCGGAUUGCGACUGUCCAGGUGUAAUACGUCCUGUUUGCGGGACCGACAACGUUACCUACAGCAACCUAUGCAUUUUGCGAUGCAUUCAACGCACGAAUCGAGAUCUUCUCUUUUUUUACAACGGCACCUGCUGCGACCAAGCUGAGUGUGAGAAUGGAGGAACGCCGUUAUGUGACAAUUUCGGAAAAACUCAUGCCAACAAUUGCCGAUUCAAGCACAUCCAAUGCGUGAUGGAACGCAGUAUGGGUCUCUCAAUGUUGAAAAUACACGAUGGCUCAUGUUCGCUUAAAGACUGUAAUCAUAAUUGCACACAUACCAGUUUUGAUCCAGUAUGCGACACAAACGGGUUCCAAAUGCGAAGAUGCGAAUUACAAUUAGAGGGUCAACAAAUUCAACUGGCAGAGGAUCGAAAGUUUUGUUUGAGGAAUCGAGAAACCCAUCGAUUCAAAUUGGCGGGAGUGGAAUCUUACUCAUCCUACGCAGAAGAACCGUAUGUGGACUCGACAACAAGAUCACCGGAAGCAACACUACCAGAAAGAACUACAGUAGUCCCAGAGGGGUUUCUCAACAAAGCCAUUGUGAAAACGGCACCAACCCCGCUUGCCAACCAGUCUCCUUUGACGACAAACAAAAAUGGCAGAAAUGUAUCUUUUUUGUUCUUCCAGAGGAACGAUCUUAAUCGGGUAUGCAGUAUCAUUGAGUGCGACAAGUCGUGGGAUCCGGUAUGCGACACCAGGAACCGAACGCAUAAAAACGUCUGCCAGUUCAAAUUCUUUGCUUGCAAGAUAAACAAAAUCGACGGCAGUAUAAUUGACAUUGCGCAUACCGGAGCUUGUAAGGCGAGGAAGAGCACAUGUAUCACUUGUCCAAAGGAUGAAAAACGGAUUCCAAUUUGUGAUAAUCAGAAUAUGACUCAUCCCGACCUCUGCUCCUUCAUCCAAUUCAAUUGUGAUGCCCGAAACAACAACGAGGAAGAACGAGUGCUAGUUCACGUUAAGCCGUGCCACUCAAGAAGUCCACAGUUUGCCCUGAAAGUGGAAAUGUGUCCAAGGACUUGCAGUCGUGACGUGAAGCCCGUUUGCGAUGAAGCCAAUAACACUCAUCAAAACCUGUGCCACUUUCAACAGUAUAAUUGCAACAUGCGGAAGUUGGGGAUCCGAUCACCGUACCUUCGCUAUCUCCGACCAUGUGUCAAGAAUCGUAAAAUUGAUACUGCUGUUGAGAAUGUGGAAAUGAGAGCUUCGGUGUCCAAUGUGGAAGUUAAAAUCGGGAAGUCUGAGGCAUCGGUAACUCCUUCAAAACCGUCCGAGAAAACUACAUUUAUCGUUAGUGCUCUCGAGAAAGUCAUGAAAAGCACCACCAGCACCAGCACUCCAGUCACCACUACUACAACAACGACACGCCCCACCAUGACUACCACGCAAACUGUCUCAGAUGCUCCAUCAACAACUACAGUAAUCCCCACAACAACAGCAACAGCUACUACUACCGAAGAACCUUUUCCUGAUGUUGCCUUCUUCGACUGUCCAAAGCCAAACUGUCCCACCGAUGGACAACCAGUGUGUGACUCCGCCGGCAAUUUACAUGGAAACCUCUGCGAAUUUACCUAUUCUCGAUGUUUGGCUGCCAGCAAGGGUCAUCAGAUACAUAUCGCCACUGAAGAGAACUGCAUCUCAAAGGAAGCUUGCGAAAUGCCAUGUACAGAAGAUAAGCAUCCGAUUUGUGCUUCGGACUUUUUGACCUACGAAAAUUUGUGUCAGUUCAGAAAGCAAAAGUGUUUAGACGCAGAGCUGGAAGUUUUGUUUAAAGGAAAAUGCAACGAAUGCCUUGAUUCCCCUUGUGCUCUACCAGCCGAGAAUUCACCAGACGAGGCGUUUGUCUGUUUGGAAGAUCAAUCAACCAAAUCACUAUGCGAGUAUCAAAUGCUCUCUUGUAUUUUCGAGCGUGGUUACGGUGUGAAUUUGACUGUGCAAUAUAUCGGUACUUGCUGUCCACCGGUGGAAUCUUGUGAUACCGAAAAACCCGACCCAGUUUGCACGGAUAGUGGGGCAACAUUUCUCACAGAGUGCGAGUUGAAAAUCGAAAACUGCAAAUUAAAGAAGCUAGACCAACCGAAGCUGGAAAUCGUUUCCCAGGGAAUUUGCGAAAAAGAUUUGCUAACAGACGACUUCUCGAGCAACCGUAAUUUUCAAAAACCAAAUAUAGAGUUUAAAAGAGAAAACUCGUUUAAUUGCUCUAUGGAAUGUGACAACUCUUACGAUCCGUUAUGUGGAACCAAUGGGAUCACAUAUACCAAUGCAUGCUCGUUGCAGAAGGAAAUUUGUAACGCUGAAAACUCAUCAACAAUUGAAAUUGCCUAUACGGGAAUGUGUUGUGAUACCAAUUGUCCAUCAGAUUUCAGUCCUGUUUGUGAUAGCAAAGGCAACACUCAUCAGAACAUUUGUCACUUUGGAAUCAAACGAUGCAUCGCUGAGAGAACAUUCGGAGACGUUUUAACCAUUGAAAAAUUCGAAGUUUGCAAUGAAAUCCAAGCUUGCAACGCGCAAUGUCCCAAAGAAUACUCCCCAGUUUGCGCAUCAAACCAGCAGAAUAUUGUCAACGAAUGUGAGCUGAACAAAAUCCGAUGUCUCGUUGAGAACAAUGUGACAACUGGAGAAAAACUAGUGAAGGAGUACGAUGGAGAGUGCUGUAGACUGGAAAACUGCGAUUUCUCAGCAUUCUCUCCAGUUUGUGACACUGAAGGAAUAACUCAUGCAAACAUGUGUCUUAUGAAUCAUAACGCUUGUAUCCAGUUGAAAAAGUUCAAGAAGACUAUUCAAGUUUCUUACCAGGGCCAAUGCUGCAACCAGCCUUGUGACGAGGACGACUCUCCUGUUUGUGACGGCACCUUCACUCAUUCAAAUACUUGCAAAUUUCGAAUUUCUCAAUGUGAAGCGGAACGUGUGAACAAAACUCUUAGCAUUGCUUAUAAUGGAGAGUGUUGCGUACUUCCGAAAGGCGAAUGUGAGACUUCUGGAGCAGUUUGCGACUCCGAAGGACAGACACAUGCGAAUCAUUGUGUAUACCAACAGAAGAGAUGUAUUGCUCAGAGGAUAACUCUAAAAACCCUGAAUAUUGUUCAUACAGGAGAAUGCUGCGCCUUAGCUUCCUGCCCUAAAACUGGUCAACCUGUGUGUGAUUCUCAAGGAAGAACUCACGACUCCUUAUGUCAUUUCCACAAUUCCAAGUGUAUUUUUGACAAGAUCCACACACAAAACACUACGCUGACUUUGGAUUAUCAAGGUAAAUGCUGCCCUGCUGGAUGCACUGACGAGCUGUCUGUCAUUUGUGACCAACACGAGAACAUCUACCGUAACUCUUGCUAUUUCAACCUGAAAGCUUGUGAAACGUGGAGACGAACACAAGAUGUGCUAUUAGCUACACCCUGCCCGCUAUUACGAACCUAA